AUGGAUGUCAACAACUCAACGGUCACAGGAAACAUUCAGGCAAUUGAGAGAUUGAUGGUGCAAGGUGGUGUCUUUGAUCCAGCGGAAGUGGAGGAUGGCGAGUCGCCUGAUGUUACAGAGUAUGUGGUGCUUGUCCAUGGAGAUCUGGGCAUGGGCGAAUGCAUCGCGUCUAUGCAGCAGCAUUGGUCCAUCGAAACAACUCCAUGGUGGCGAUUCCAACACAUAGUCUUUGUGCCUGGCUUGUUCCACUUGAAAAUGGCAGCUGCAGAUGCAAUAUGGAGGGCAUUAAUCCAGCCAAUGUCAGCGCAUCAGGACCAGACGAGUCUGAUGCAUGAUAUUGCACAGCUACGGCCACGUGAAACAGGGAUUUUCAGAUCCAAGCCUGGGUUCUGGAUGAUGCACCAGCUCAUUGGCCAUGAUGGGAUCUGUCGGCAUUUGGAUUGUUGGCGGAUAGAAGUUGAAAAAAUGAACAAUGCUCACAAAACGCUCGACGACUUUGCCAUUUUAAAACCGAGCCUAGAGGAACUAAAGGAGAUUGCCAACAGACUCACUCGAGAAUAUAUUGCUACUUACAGGCUAACACGAGUUCGUCGGCAGCCUGAUCAACGACGAGAUAAACAGUACGAGAACAACUUGUUGAUUAACAAGUAUUUUCUACUGUAUGAGGAGCUAUCCUAUGUGAUGAACAUCGGAGACAUUGCGCAUGUUGAAACCUGCAUCAUUGCAUGGACAUUAAUAUUCAAGGCAACAGGCAAACAUAAAUAUGCCACAUGA